AUGUGGAAGGAGCCGCGGCAGCUGGAGGGGAGAGAGGGAGCUGUGGUGAGGCGCAUGCUGCACCAUAUUGCUGCCCUGUACACGCAAGCCAUCAGCGGUCCUCCAGAACCCCCUCUCGAACCUGUGCAAUCGAAGCGCUCGCAAGAGGACUGGGACAGGGACAGCAGGCAGGGAGUCAAACGGGUGUCUGUGUGGGCAGGCAGACUAGAGCAGCGCAGACAGGAGGUGCUAGAAGAGAAGAAAUGCCGGGAAGCCCUCAGGAAAAGAAUAAUACCACCGUAUUUUGCGUCUGAAUUUGGCAAAGCAUUCUUGCUCACUCAGGUUCCAGAUAUGGAAUCUCUGUCCAGAGAGCUACCACCAUUCCCAAAAACGGAAACAACAACAGAAUCUGUGAAUGAAAUGCCAAACGCUGCUACAGCCGUAAAUGCGCGCAGACCCGUGAUUCCGACAGCAGAAGGCAGCGUGCCCUCCGGUAACUGA